AUGCUCUACAAGUCCGUGGCUGUUGCGUCUCUUCUGCUGGCCACCCAGGCGGCAGCUCGCGAUGUUCCCGCCAACGUUAAGGAAUUCUACAACUCGGUCAAGAACGCAGGAACUUGCUCCGGCAAAGAUCUCCUCCAGGGCGGUUUCCACGACACCGACGAUGGCCCCACCAAGUACGGCUACUGCCAGAAGGGCCUUAACGGAAAGGGUUUCUAUCUCAAAGGUCCUGGCAACCAGCUUGUGAACAUGGAUAUCGACUGUGACGGCAAGCAGACUCAUGGUGAUGGACGCUGUGGAAGCUCCAAGGAUACCCAGGGCGAGACUGCAUUUAAGGAUGAAUUGAAGAAGUACGGCAUUUCGGACCUGAAUGCCUAUGUCCACCCCUACGUUGUUCUUGGAAACGAAGGCAAUUACCACCCAACCUUCAACCCCCGCAAGCAUGGUAUCGAGCCCCUCAGUGUAGUGGCCGUCGUAUGCGGCGACAAGCUUGUUUAUGGAAUCUGGGGUGACACCAACGGCGAUGACGGCAAGCCCUUGGUCGGCGAAGCCAGCUUGGCCACCGGUACCGCUUGCUUCGGCAAGUCCGCCGUCAACGGAGACAAGGCACAUGACGAAAAGGACGUCCUGUACGUUGCCUUCCCCGGUAAGGACGCGGUGCCCAAGAACGCCAAGUGGGAUGCCACCAGCUACGAGGAGUUCGAGGCCAGUAUCGCCGAGUUGGGUGACAAGCUCGUCGCGGGUCUGGGCAAGGGUGGUUCUGUCAGCGCUACUCCUUCCACUGAGAAGGGCCAUCACUCCACGACUCGCAGCGACGAAAGCACCCACACCUCCCACAAGGGCCACCACAAGGGCCACCACAAGGGUCACGGCAAGGGAAGAAACGGCAAUUCCGAGGAGGAGGAUGACAACUAG